AUGGAUGAUAUUCGUUUAAUAUCAGCAUCGCCGCCAUUAUCAUCAUCAAUAUUAAAACCAGUUUGCUCAUCUUUAACUGGUUCAUUAACAAGUAAUAGACAACGAAUUGAUUCAGCAUCUGUUAUACAACAAUCUGAUGUAUCAUCAUCAAGACCAGCUUUAUUGGCUGAUGAUGCAUUAGGACCACUUCUUUUUGAAGCACUUGAUGGGUUUUUCUUUACAAUCAAUCAUAAUUGUGAAGUUGAUUUUGUAAGCGAUAAUGUUGAACAGUAUUUAAAAUUUUCUCAAGAGGAACUUGCUGGACGAAAUUUGUAUCAUUGUGUACAUCCGAGUGAUGUUAGCGAGUUUAGCAAAGCUUGGGCAAAAAAAGAUGCCGGUGAUUCUUUAAUUCCAACGAAUAAUAUUGAACAACAAAAUAGUCAAUCACGUGGACGUACAUUCCUAUGUCGUAUGAGAACAAAUGAUGAAUCUUCUCCAUAUGUUACAAUGAUUGUAUCAGUUGCACUUCAUCGUGAUUCAUCGGGUAGUGAUAAAACAUUUUUAAUAUGUAUUGCUCGUCGACCACCAUUAAACGAACUUAAAGAUAAACCAGCUUUACUUGGUUUUGAUCAAUUUUCAUCACGAAUUAAUUUACAAUAUGAUAUUGAAAGUUUAGAUUCAAGUCAUAUGAAAUGUGAAACAAUUGAUAUGAAUUUCAAGGGAAAAAAUUUUCGUGAUUAUGUUCAUGUUAAUGAUAUACCUUUAAUUAAUCGACACUUUCAAGAAGUUAUUGAAAAAGGUGAAUCAAAAAGUGCUGUGUAUCGUUUUCGUUUACAUGAUGAUAUAUAUGCUUUUGUUAAUACUCACAGUAAAUUAUUUUCUAAUACGACAACUAGUAAAUCGGAUUCAAUUAUGUCUACUCAUACAAUAGUUCGGUAA